AUGGAUCCCCGGAACGGUCACAUGGAAGACAGUGAUUGGAAUGAGAUGUCAAUGUACCAGAACUCUUCUCAAUUCGACGAUGGCAUGCCCGCGGACUCGCCGUACGGCAACAGCGCCUUCCACGACUUCACCAACAUUGAUGCCUACGACAGUCCGUCGGCUCUCACCAUGCGAACACCCUCCAAGUCCGGGCCCGAUGCUGCUGCGGGAGUCGGGGUUCAGCACCAGCAUCAACGCUCCUCGGGCAAUGCCAUGGAAUCGACAACUUCUUUGGAGAGCUCCAGUCAGGAUUCCUCCUCCGAUUCAUCCAGCCAUCGCAAGCGUAAGACCGGCUCUGACUCGCCCGAAUCGGAUCCCAUCACCGAGAUGGCAGUACAGGCGGGACAUGCGCCAUUGGAGGAUGUCAAGAUGGUGGGCGGUGUUCACAAUGGACAGGGGUUUGACCAUCAGUUCGCCCAACCGAUGCACGACCUCUCCUUGGAGCAGUCAAUGGGCCAUGCGAGCAAUGGCAACAUGGCGCAGUUCGAUUUUGGCAGUGCGGCUUCCAGCCCGAUACAGAUUGUUGAAUUCAACUCGGCAAUGUCACUUGAUGCGCAAGUUUGCAUGCCGGCAAGCAACACGGCAACCCAGUACAAUCAGUCUUCGGACAUGCAGACCAUUAACCCGGGCAUGUUCGCUGUAGGCUCGCGCGACCAAUCACCUGCARACAUGCUAUACAAUCAGGCCUCGCCUCAUGCCAUCUUCUCCACGCCCUCCUCGGACAGCCAGGAGACGUAUUCUGCCAACCCUACCUGGACAACACAUGGCGCCCAAAAUCCAACUUGGCCUGGCGACUUCGCGAACCAGCUGACGUCGCCGAAUGGUAUGACAUUCACUCCAUCUCCCGGCGCAAAUGGCACUUCGUCGGUACAAGCGCCUCACGGUCAGCCACGCCGCUCGCCGCUCCACAUUGCUCCCAUCUCGACCAAGUCUCGGGUGGAAACUCAGAUCAAUGUGAUCAUGACCCUUGAGCAACCACCUCCUGGUACCGAGUUUCUCCAUCUCCCUCUACACACAAUUGCCAAGUCGAAGCUCUUAGCCAAGGAAGAGGUUGAUCCGUCCAAAGUCUUGGAGCUGCAUACAAUGCUCGUUUGCACAAGUGCCAUGCACAAUCCGCAGGCCAAGGAGAAGGCUUUGGCCAGAGCGGCAGCACAGAACAACGAUGAGAUUCAGCGAAGAGCAGAACUGUCGCGAGGAUCGAGUGACGAGGAGAAGAACGAUGGCAAAAGUCUCGACGAGGCCGACAGGCCUGCUAACGGUGGAGAGGUACGAAUUUGCAGCAAUUGUAUUCAGCGAGAACGGAAGAGAGCGGGCAGGAAAAAGACCAAGCGGGAAGAAGAGCAGCAGCACUGGGAACGGUACGAAACGGAGAGGGUGGUCGUCUUCAACUCGAACGAGUACCUCCCCUUUAAGCUUUGCGACCAGAAUCAGCACCAUCGAGAUGCUAGCAUGAGCAUGGAUAUGGACCCGUAUAUUCCUCCCGAUGGUGCCGUCAACGUAACUGCGGCCAUGCGGAUUGCGUGCUACUGCAGACACCAGAGUGAGAAAGAAGGCUUCCAGGUCAUCUUCACACUGAAGGAUCACCUCAACAACGUCGUGGCGCAAUCAAUGUCGGAUUCCAUCUUGAUAACAGACGACCACAAGACACAUCCUCAGAGUUUUUCGACAUCUGUAGCCGGCGAGGCUGCUUACUAUCCGAAUGCGGCCUUUGUGCCAAAUGGUCUACCCAUGUCACAGUCCAUGGUUGACAUGUCCACGCAUGUCCAGCCAUUCCCCUCGUCGCGGUCUGCAGGCAACCUCCAAGCGCUCGGCUAUGGCUCUCAGUACAACCCGCACAGCCAUGUACAUCAAUUGUCGGGCUCUGGAUUCACAUCGCAAACCACGUCGGGAACGAUGACCCCAACUUCGCUGUCGAGACCAGCGUCGAGACCAGCAUCUCCCUCUGGCUCUGCACAAGCAGGGCCGAACAAGAAACGGAAGAGCUCGUCGUUCCAUCGGAAACUGCCCUCGGGCCUGGCAAUGACGCCAAGAGUCGAAACGAGUCUGCCGCCCUCCAAUAGCAUUCCUUCGGCGCUCUCCAUUAGCUCGCAAUUCUCUCCUGAGGCUGCCGGGUUUAGCAAUCAGAUGAACCAGAUGAAUCAAGCAUACAUGAGCAUACCGAACAGUGGCCCGGCCCAGUACUUUGGGAGUGGGCCGCCGACGCCCAACGAAAACGGACCCUUCAACUUCAGCCAGCCGCAGGUGGAUCUCUCGCGUAUACCCAGCAACCAGGCUUAUUUCUCGCAUCCCUCAUCUGCGGUACCUAGCAGAGCAUCCUCGCCCGUGCUCCAACAGACUCGGGCCAACAUGGCGSCAUACGCAAGGCAACAGCCCAUUCAGACGUCGACCAAUACAACUGGCGCCCGUUUCGUUGGCCAGGGUCCGCCGGGGUCCGCGGGUAACGAUUCAAAUCAGGGGUCAUACCCUAUAAUCACUCGUAUCACGCCGAAUGAGGGUCCUGCUGCUGGGGGCACUGAAGUGGCGGUGUUCGGUGAAGGCCUCGUUCCAGGUGUCCAGGUCGCUUUCGGUGAUGUUUAUGCUCCGACACAGUACAUAUCUCCCACGUCGGUUGUCACCAUCGCCCYUCAGGGACGUGCCGGAUCGGUUCAUCUUGCGCUGGUACCACCUCCAGGAACUGGGCCGUAUCCAGGGCCAUCAAGUCGGACAAUCUUCAGGUACACCGCGUACAACGAGGAAAUGAUGGUGAUGGCGCUGAAGUUCUUGAGCGAGCAGCAGUACGGAAACUCGGAUGCCUGGCAGGCUCUUGCACAAUCAUCGGCCACCAGCUUCGUGCAGUCGAGAGUCAACCGGAAGUAA